AUGAGGGCAUCCAACGUGGCCAUGUCGGCUAAAAGGAAGGCUUCUACCGAUUCUGAAGCUGACGACAUGCCGAGUCUUGGGCAGUUAGCAAAGCCGCGCAAGCGUGUACCCGCAGAGAUUUGGGAAACCAAGCGACCAACUAUUACACGGCUGUACCAAGAAGAGAAACGGUCGUUAAAAGAGGUGAUGGAGAUCAUGGAGCGUGACUAUCACUUUGUUGCCACCGUGAAGAUGUACAAGUCGAGGAUUUGGAAAUGGGGUCUCGACAAGAAGCUGAAGGGAGACGAGGUGCUGGCCAUCAUGCUACUAAAGAGAGACCGCGACGCUUUGAAAAAACCGACAGAAUUUCGGAUACGCGGACAGCUCGUGGACAUGGACAACAUUAACCGAUAUCUGAAGCGAAACCCGUCGUUGAUGGCCAAAUUCAAGGCUGGACAGACACCCAGCGUGCAGACUGCAAUCGAAGUCACUUGCCGAACACCAUCGCCGCCACCAAGCCCACCCCGAGCCCUCGCACCGACAACAGAAAUGCAGAGCACCGAGCAGGUGCUGUGUCUGUUUCGUGAUUAUAUUGAUGGAUCCUUUUCGUCUGGUGUGUGGUGGUGCGAGUAUGACGUUGAAUGCUCCAACCGGCGGCUAGACCAGGAGGAUCGUAGCAACGACCUGUUUGAAAGAGUCGUUGCCAGUUUUGCUCUGGUCAACAGGUGUAUGAUAAGGGGGGACCAGAUCGAUAUCAACCGAGUUCUUGGCCCUGCAUUCGAAUCGUUAAAAGGUCUGGUGGCUUCCGAGACACCCAAUUUUGUCGCAAGAACGGUUUGUCUGCUAUGGUAUCUGGAGCGACACUAUAAGCACGACCUUCUUCGAUUGGUUCUGGACUAUCUCGCUGGGCUAAUCCCGAUUGUGUUGGGAUCUAAUCACAUUCUUGCUCACAUCUGGCGAAGACUGGGGGCGACCGAAUUCUCGUCAUAUUACGAGCUUUCCAUGCGACUCUAUGCAUUGCUGCUACCGGAAAUAGAGGAUCGCGUUGGACCAGCCAACUAUUUGACACACCUGCUGUACAGCGAUUACCUCGACUGCAUGCUUGGUCAACAAGACCCGGAGGACUGCGAGGCAAUGCUAAGCCGCCAUAUUGCUCGCGCCGAGGCGUCCGGGCAGGAACAUCCGUGGCUUGGGGACAUGGCGCUUUCUCAUGCUGGGCUUCUUGCGACUUGCAAGGAGAACCAGGGCCGGCUGGAUGAAGCAGUCGAGGUGUUGACAUCGCAUAUGAACGCGUACAGCAUGACCGAUGACCAGGAAGCGGCACUCAAUCUCGAGCUUGGAGUAAAAUAUUACCGAAUGGGAAACAUCCCAGCGGCCAUUACCUCUUUCAAGUCAGCAGCUCGGAUUGCCCUUACAUCAGACGUAGACGAACGAACGUCCAACGCAGCUCUAGCAAACCUGGAGAAUGCGCUUCGAAAGAUGGGCAACAUAGUCAAGGCAGACCGAGUACACCAGUACCGCAUGGAUCGGGUUGCAAUGUUUGCCGAGAAAUCGGCGUCCAUGUCCAAAGGCUUCUCCGACGAUUAUGACGAUGAUAGCGAUGAUGUUUCGAUUGAGCUUGAAGCGUUGCCAGAAUGGCUUUGGAAGUGCAAUGAUGGCGAAGAGGAAACACCACAGUGGCUCGAGCUGCCUGUCUUUGCCUGGGGUGAGAAGUCAUCGCCGACUUCUUUCGCAGGGUGCCCCAGCAGCACAUUGGAGUGGGCCAACACAUCGCAGUCGGGUUCGCCAGCCGUGCUAUCGGCAGGAUAUUCACCGCCGCUUGAUAAUCAUGUCAUCGACCCGGAGGUUGAGUACCUGUAUGCACAUGAAGGUAGCAUCCAGUGA